GGCGCCGCUGUCCGGCUCCCGGUGCUGAAUCCGCCGCUCGCUCCGCAGCCCCGGGGCGGGAGAGCCGCCCGCUGCCCUGCAGCCAUCUCCUGGAGGGCUUGGAGGAGCAAGUUUACCCCUGGAAGGCAGAGCACGGAGGGAAGGGGACGGAUCUCGCGGCCAGCCCAGGGAGCUGGAGUGGAAACAGGUUGUUUGCAUCUCGGCGUGGGAGGAAGGGGCGGCUCUGGCAGCCAGCGAGCCCAAUGCGGGCUCUGGGAACGGGGAUGGAGCUGCCGCUUCUCCACCCAGUGAUGUGCUGAAGGAAAUGGACAGAGAAUUUCUGCAGGAAGCUUUGCUCCCAGAUCGUGUCUUCCCGGGAAGCCAAAGUGCUCCCCGAGCUUCUGAAGUUCCAGCAGUUGCUAGCUUGGCUUGGGGUUAACCACAGCAAGGUUCGUCUGCACGAGUCCCAGUUUGUUUUUUGCUUCUCUGCAUACACACGGUCAGGAAAAGUGCCCCUGAAUACUGAAAAGUCUCUUUGGAAACCCGGGAGAGCUCAGAAGAAACCACGGUGGAGAGUUGUGGUGUUUUGGAUAUAUUUGGCACAAAGUACUGCCGCCUCUGCUCGAGAAAUUCAUAUGGCUUGAAGAGUGGAGCUGGGACCUGGCAAGCUCAUCUUCAUGGAUCCCCUAAACCUUUCCUGGUACAACAGUGACACUGGGGACAGGAACUGGAGCAAGCCGCUCAACGAGUCCAGUGCAGACCAGAAGCCUCAGUAUAACUACUAUGCUGUGCUGCUCACCCUCCUCAUCUUUGUCAUUGUGUUUGGCAAUGUGUUGGUCUGCAUGGCUGUGUCCAGGGAGAAAGCCCUGCAGACCACCACCAAUUACCUGAUCGUCAGCCUGGCAGUGGCGGAUCUCCUGGUGGCCACACUGGUCAUGCCCUGGGUGGUCUAUCUGGAGGUGGUUGGGGAGUGGAGGUUCAGUCGGAUCCACUGUGAUAUCUUCGUCACCCUCGAUGUCAUGAUGUGCACCGCCAGUAUCCUGAACCUCUGUGCCAUCAGCAUUGACAGGUACACAGCCGUAGCGAUGCCAAUGCUGUACAACACCCGCUACAGCUCCAAGCGCCGUGUCACCCUCAUGAUUGCCGUGGUCUGGGUGCUCUCAUUUGCCAUCUCCAGCCCAAUCCUGUUUGGCCUCAACAAGGCAGAUGAGAAGGAAUGCAUCAUUGCCAAUCCUGCCUUCGUUGUGUAUUCCUCCGUUGUCUCCUUCUAUGUCCCCUUCAUCGUCACCCUGCUAGUGUAUGUGCAGAUCUACAUCGUGCUCCGCAAGCGCAGGAAGCGCGUCACCACCAAGCGCAGCAGCCACGGCCUGGACUCAGACACGCAUGCGCCUCUGAAGGACAAAUGCACUCAUCCAGAAGACGUGAAGCUCUGCACAGUUAUUGUGAAGUCCAAUGGGAGUUUCCAAGUUAAUAAGCGCAAAGUGGAGGCGGAAAGUCACAUAGACAUGGAAAUGGAGAUGGUGUCCAGUACCAGCCCCCCUGAGAGAAUGCUUGCCAAGCCAGCAGCACCAAGCAACCACCAGCUGGUUGUACCCAUUGUCUCUAGACGGUGCACCUUGGACAGCCCUGGGAAAGUAGAGAAGAAUGGACAUGCCAAAGAAAACCUACACACGGCCAAGGCCUUUGAGAUCCAGUCCAUGCCUAACGGCAAGACGAGGAGCACUCUUCUCAAGGCUAUGAACAGGAGAAAAAUCUCACAGCAGAAAGAGAAGAAAGCCACCCAGAUGCUAGCCAUCGUACUUGGUGUUUUCAUCAUCUGCUGGCUCCCGUUCUUCAUCACUCACAUCUUGAACAUGCACUGCGAUUGCAACAUCCCCCCAGCGAUGUACAGCGCCUUUACGUGGCUUGGAUAUGUCAACAGUGCUGUCAAUCCAAUUAUUUACACCACCUUCAAUAUUGAAUUUCGCAAGGCUUUCAUGAAGAUCCUCCACUGUUAAAAGUAAAAACAUUAACCACACUUUUACGAAUGAGAAGCAGAAUCCAAUGCCAUUCACGCGCACAAACAGGCAGCCAUGGAGAGGUCUCGAGCUCUUGUGCUGGGCAUGAGGAGUGCAGUGCCACGGAGUGCCGUGCCCACACACCUCUUGGCAGGGAGAUCAUGAGGAUCUUCAUACUGAGGUUCUCCCACCCUUUGGGGCAACCUGGAUAUCCAUCCCAGGGGCACUUCUAAGAGCUACCCUCACACUGUGUUUGAAGUGGAAGCAAAAAUCGAGACACACUCGCUUGAUUCUUGCCUGUGGCCAUCUAACCUUGAGUGCAUUAAACACAGACACUCGUAGAGCCGUGUGCAGGCAGUGAUGAGUCACUGCUGCUGGCUCACACAUGGAGUCACUGAUAUGAUUCUCACCAAAGACAAGAGCAUCUUCUCUGCUUUGCAAUAGGAGCCAGACAGAGCUUGCAGAAACUCCAUACAAUAUCUUUGCCUUCACCUCCAGCUGACUUACCCAGUAUCAAACAUCUGCAGCCCUGAGGGAAAACAUACAUACAAAUUUAAGAGGCCCCAAGGUGGGUUAAGAAGGCACUGCCACCUACGGAUCCAACCCCUGCAUCAAGCAAUGGGCAGAAGGAGGAGGAGAAGCAUAAGUCUCAUGCAGGACCAUUACAUCAAUGUAAAUAUGAGUAAAUAGGAUGAAUUGAACAGAAGCCCAAGCCAAAAAAUAAAAGGAGAGAAAUUAAAGAAGUGAUACUUUGUACUGCACAGUAUACACUCGGAUCAAACAAGAUGCCAACCAUCACUGAUGGUCAGCCAGCCCAGCAGCAAUUUCUACCCACCAGCAUUUCAUCUCCAGACUCUCUCAAGAAGUAAAAGCCAGGUGAGGAGUGAUAGCACGAUGAAUGUAGAGACAUGAAGACUGUGCCAGGGGAGACUGUGCAUCUGGGGCCACAUCCAUGUCAGAUGUGAACUCUGACAGAACAAGUUAGGUCCAGUUCUUCCCACCUAACUUUAAGGCACCAUAAAGCCAAGUAUCACCUCAGAUAUUAUUUACCUAUGUUUCUCAACAGAGAGUGUGCAAAGUAACGUCGUGCCUAAUUUAAAUUAGCAGAAAAUGAGAUCAAGACUGUAUUUUGGAAAAAAAGCCAGAAUAAAAGCCCAAGAAAGUCCCUAGCUAGACCUGCUCUGUGUCCAGGUGGGACUCUGGAUGGGUCCAUGUAGAUGUUUCCAGCAUCUUUCACCCCCUACUGUGUUUCGUAGUUUAAAACAAAUGGAAAUCCAUAACAGCAUAAUGUCCCCAUGCUGACUUUGGCAUUGGCAAAUCCACUUUAUGCUUAUCAUACUCAGUUCACAAUAUAUUUUAUAAUAUCUCUGUAAAUAAAAUACGGUAAAUGAAUAAAAUGACAUGGAAAUAGGUCUGGCUAGAAACUCGUGUAGGCUCUGGAGAGCUUGAUGAUGACAAUAGCCAUAUGCAGAGGCAGGCUCCCUCAUUCCAAUCAUCUGCUGUUUCCUAGAGAAGUUAAAGCAAUCCAGAGAGCAAUAUAAUCCCCUUUUUCUCUAUGCACCUUGUGGAAUAUCCACGCAGUUUCUGCUUUAGAACCCUGCCAAGCAGUGCUUCUUUUAUUAUCUGUUUUUCCUAUUUGGUUAACAAAGUGUUUUCCCAUGGGAUGGGCUGCACAGGCUGUGUGUGUUCCAGCUGUACAUCAAGGAGAGACUGCAUCAGGCAGCUGCAAUGCAUGCUCUCAGUUGUCUUCUGGAACCAAGGCAGGAGUCCCACCUUGAUCCAAAGCUUUCCCAUCUAAUCCUCUGUUCCUGGAAGAAGCUGAUAACCAGUGUUAUUAGUGUUUUGCCCAUGGGCUUUUAUAACAUUUGAAUGUGGCUGUUCAAAGUCUGGUCACAGCUAUAAAUUUAAAUUACAGAUGCCUGAAUGUGUAACUCAAGAGGUCUCAGGCACAGAAAAGUUUCAAGCAGGUACGUGCACGCAGUGGUGGGAAUCAGUUCAGACUGUUCUUAAUUGAAAGAUUCAACUGAAUGAGUUUAACUGCAUUGAAUUGAAUUGCAUUGAAUGAGGAAAAAAACACUGAUAAGCCAAUGCUUAUUUUUCUAUCACAUUUACAAAAGCAGAAAUGUGCCAUUUGUGAAUUGCCAGGUGAGGAGCUGAAUCAAAACAGAAAAUAAUAUGCAUGUACAGAAAAAAACACCAAAACAAUUAAAGCAUUUGGAAGUUGCCAUAGUUGAUAUUUCCUCUGUACUAACGCCUGGUGUGGGCCCUGAAUGUGGAUAAAAUCUCAACCUUGUGCCAUAACUUUACCUUCUGUUCAGUGUUAACUCAGAGUAGGACAAAACCACCACCUGCACUUGCUUUCUGAAUACAGCUCAACACACCCAAAUUCGAGUCCAUCUAGUGAUGAGCAGCUCUUCCAAAACAUCAUCAGGAGAAAGAAAUUCUCAGAAGGAGCCUGUUUUCUUCUUGAAUUUGUUAAUUAGGAUAAAGAAGGAUGGGUAUAUUUUCAUAGAGAAGGUAUAUUUUCAUAGAGAAGUCUUUUUUGAAAAGAAUUACCUGCAGCCCACCACCAUGGGUAGACCUCAUUGCAGCCUUCCAGUACUUGGAGUUUACAAGCAGGAGAGAAAUGCCUUUUUACAUGGGCUGAUAGUGACAGCAUUUGGGACUUAAAAGAGGAGAGAUUUAGCUUGCAUUAGGAAGCAAUCCUUUCCUCAGAGGGCAAUGAGGUGCUGGCACUGCUGCCCAGAGAGCUGUGGGUGCCCCAUCCCUGCAGGUGGAUGGGGCCCUGGGCAGCCUGAGCUGGUGGGGGGCAGCCCUGCCCAUGGCCAGGGAUGGCACUGGGUGGGCUUUGAGGUCCCCUCCAACCUGGGCAUUUCUGUGAUGACCUUUAAUCUCAAUGAGGUUUUAAGCCACCUGCUCCUAACACUCUGGACUCAGAAGUGUUCUGUGGGAAUAUCUGUAUCCCUUCUGUCCUUGGGAAGGCAGCAAUGUCAUGUCUGCUUAUCUCUGCAGCAGCUUUGCCUUUCCCAAAAGCACUCACUCUUAGAGAACAAGCUUAAAGCACUUUCUGUCUAUGAACUGAGCUUCCACAGCUCUGUGAAAAGACAAGAGCUCAUCACCUGUGGCUUUACACAGAAUGAACAAUUGCCAAAGGCAAGGGCAGCCUGUACUGGCACAGCACCUGGCAUGGUGACAUCCAGCCCCUCACAGUGAUAAGGCGGCUACAGUGCACGGGGCAUUGAGGUCUCCUGCCGCAGACCUGGCCACAAUAUUGAACACAAUAUGAGAAGGUUUCUUUCUCUGCUGCAAGGUGAAUUCUGCUCAGAAACACUUGUUACAACCCUUUGCUGCAGUCCCUGUUUUGUGAUUCAGCAUUUGUGUUUGAAGCUUUAGUUUUGCUUAUGGAGUCUUCCCAUUCCCGCGUUUCCUCCAUGGCUCACGUCCACACUGCAGUGUAGCAAAGCAGCUGGGGGACCUUCUGCCUGCACUGAUGCUUCCCUGCUUGCUCCCGCUGCAGCUGUGGGUCUGUUGAUCCUCCUGAUCAUUGAAUCUUGCUGAAAGAAAAAGGAGAGCAGAAAAACAAAACAAAACAAAAAGCCACUACCUCUGUGGUGAACAACUCCAGUGAAAACAUGGCUCCUGGAGAGUCAGGAAUGUACAUUACCCAUCAGCAGUACAUGUGAAGGCAACAAAUGUUUUCAUCCAACACUGUAAUUAAAGAGAGACUUGCACAAGCUA